ACUCAGUAAUAUAGUUAUUAGGCUCUUAUUUCAUCACUCUCCAUGUAGUCCGUUCAUGGCAAGGAUGUGUAGGCAUUUGGCCAUAUGGCUUCUAAGGCAUCUUAUUUUGGAUUUGAAGGCACCAUCACAAUAUUUUUUUGAGACAAUAACCCAACAGUUAUGUUCACAGGAGGCAGGUUCCAUGAAAAACAUGACAGGCAAAGCUGUUGUUGUGACUACAAAUGAAUUGUAGGUGUCUUUAACACUAGGGGGCAGCAGAUUAAUUUAUUUCGUGUAGCCAUCUUGCAUGUUAGUGGCCUGACCAUAGACACAAAAAGGAACACUGAGAGAGAGGAGGGAUUUGACCGCAGUUGAAGUGGUUGUUCUCAGCCAUUAACAUUCUUUCUAAAUAACAGCAGUUACAUUAAUUGCAGUAUGUAAUAUUUGUACAGAUUAUCAGUAGACUAAAGUAGAUAUAACAAAACUGCAUUCUGUUGUGAUCUUCAGUACAGCUGCUGCCUGCUCUAACAUUUGAAAUCUUGACAUUCAUAGAAAAACAUUUCUCACAGAAUGUAGAACUUCAAACAAAAGCAUUGUUUGUGCUAUGCUUAGUAAUCUUAGCAUUUAAGCUUGAUAAACAUUUCAUCAUUUAAAACUUCUUUUAUUGUGUAAUAGCUGUUUUGAUGUAGUACUUCCACUAAAAUAAAAAAAAAAGCAUGACUUCCACUAAAAUAAAAAAAAAAGAAUUUUUUUAAAGCAUGACAUAGAAUCACAUGGCAUAGAACAAAAAUAUUGUCAUUAAGAAAUCAAGAUCUUACGAAUAGCCAAAUUGAUUUACCCAUUUUUUAUGGGUUUUGCCAAAAAUGAGGUUAAAAAAUGCCAAAUUAUUUUUUUUCUCUAUUUACUAUAAUGACACGAAUGCAUGAAUAUUGGGAUAUAUCAUGAAAAUAAUGCUCUAAUCCAUAAUGUGUGAUCUGUGUGAAGUACCAGGAAGGGUUUCCUUGUGGAACAGACCAGCACCAGAUGAAGGCUAGAACUCCAGCAAGUCGCAUGCCCAGGAUCUGUAGAUGGUAGUGGACUAACAUGCUAGACUUUUAGACAUAUUGUAAAAGUGUUUCAAAUAUGAUUUAAUUUUUAACGGGUCUGGGAUAGGUGAUACGUAAUGUGUGUCAUGUCUGUAUUUGUUGAUCCUUGGGACUUGAGUCCUCUCUGAGGUAAGAACAGAUACAGUAACAUCAUUGGCUGUUUCAUGUUCUAUUUUAUUUUUCUUCUUCUAAAUGACUUGGUAAAUACAUGGUACAGUCUAUCCCAGGAACACUGGGCACUAGUCAGGAAUGCACCCUGGAUGGGACACAACUCAAUCCCAAAGCAUUAUGCACAGGUUUAUAAUUUUGUGUCACUAAACCUCCUACUGGCAGGAGGUUGGAGGAGACUGGAGAACCUGGAGGAAACCCGCACUGACCCUGGGAGAACAUACAAAACUCACACCUCCUGCCAGCAGCUCAGGAUCAAACCAGGGACCCUGGAGCUGUGAGGAGACAAACACCCAUUUUACGCUAAGUGUGUGAUGAUUUAGGCAUGUCGCAUGAAGGCUCCUAAAUUGAAGACUAUAAAACUCUAUAAGCUAACUUUAUACAUGGUUGCUUGAAUGUAUUUGAGGUUAGGAAAAAAAAAAAUCCCAUUUCAUUUUUUCUUUGAACGAUCACUUGAAUGAAAAUGCUGAUUUUAGGGAUUUAGAGAUGAUGAUAAUAAUGCACUUUAUUUAUAGAGCGCUUUUCUUUCAGCUCAAAGUGCAGUGCAAUCAAGUAGUAAAUUUAAAUUAGUGAAAGUAAUGUAAGGGAAUGCACAGGGCAAAAUAAAACUUGGAAGUACAAAGAAGAGCAUAAGGACAUAAAAAGGAGGUGAAAAGGAGAAAAUUAAAUUAUACAAAGUAAUGUGAUAGAAUGAAAUAGGAGAUGAAGUAGAAAUAUAGAAUAGAAUGAAACUAUAAAUGCCAAAACAGAGGCAGUACAUUCAAUUAAACUCCAGUCUAAAAUGAUACAGUUUCAGGGUCAUGGCAAAUUGUAACGUAGCAGACAAACACUGCUAGAGUCCAGAAUGUCAAACAGCAGUUAUUUAGGGGUAUUUGUGAAAUAGUGGGGAUGGAAAAUCUCUCAAAAGGCUCCACAGUUUUUUUUUUUUUUUUUCACACUACUGAAAAAAUAACCCAGCUGUAAAGGUGUGGAAAUGUCUGUCACACAAAAACCCACAAGUGAAGCGAAAAACCUGGGAGAAAGCUCGUGUGAAAGUUCUGUGUGAAAAUCACCUGACACGGCAUAAAACCACAGCUCACACUUUGAUCCUGUGAGGUUAUUUUUAAAACAGCAGGUCUUCUGAGCUAACUGCAUGUCAUUUACAGGAUGUGUAUGAGCUUUCAGUCCAUUUCCUUUCUUAUCUUUUUCAGCAUGUUUCAUAUGUAAAGUGAAACAUAUGUAAGGAGUAUUGAAGUGGCUUUAUGUCUCUUGACAGGAUACUUUGCAGUCAUACGGCUGCUGAUACAAUGCUCUCAUGCUUCCUGAUAUAGCUAUGUGUUAUAGUUGCUCAUUAAAAGGCCAUUAAAAUAUGCCUACUGAAAGGACAAAUUAUAAAUGUUAUAGUUUCUUGAUCAAAAACAACUUUGGGCCGUCACCUGUUAUUGUCUUGGCCCUACCUCUGAACUAAUUGAAUAGCCCUGGUGUAAAAUAUUAAUAUUGUUAUAAUAAAUAUAACAUUGAGUGUAUAUUAAACCAACAACAAACUUUAAAAAAAGAGAACAAAACAAAAUAAAAAUCAUAAAGCACUGUUUAAAUACCAUUCACUGUUCAAACGGUCCAUAUGAGACCAUUUUUAGGACAGUUGGGGAAGGAUUUUUUUGGGCAGUUUUUAGUUAUCUGUGCUGCUGUGUUGUCCAUUAAGCUCCUUUUUUUUUUACACAGCUUGACCAGCUGGCAAAGGUGCUCCAGCGUGACCCGCUCAGCCUGUGUUCUGGCAGCUGGUAGCUGUUCACACUGAGCUGCAUUUCAGCAGGAAACUGGUCUGGUUUUGUUUUUUUAACAGAAAGGUGAGGUAAAUAUUAAAUUAUGGGUCAUCUUGAUUUUGUGUAUUUAGGUGGGUGUUGUUACUGGAUACAUAACAAAACCAGAGCCAUUUAUUUGCAUACAUAGGAUAAAGACAGGCAUAUAUUAUUUUAAAAUUUAAAAAUUUCUAUUGAAUUUUAAGGUUCUGUGGUCACAUUUAAAUAAUCCUUACAGGAGUGAGUUUGAGCAGUCACAGUUGGGGCUGGUGAGGUAACACUGACUUGGUGUAAAUAUAUAAUAGGUUGUUAAUUAUCCCAACUUUCUAUACUGCACUUAUUAUUUCAAAUAGAAUUGUUAUGAAGUUAUACUAGCAGAAGAUAAAUUAUGUGCCUUUAUCAUUUUUGCAACACAGUUGUUUGUUUGUUAUGAAAAAUGUUUUCAUUUUUAAACUGGGUUUAAUUAAUCAACUGAUGCAUCAAUCUGACUCCCACAAAGAAUAAAACUUUACCAUUUUACUAAAAUAAUUAGCAUUUACAAAAAACUAACAUUUUAUUAAAAUCACUUUUUCCCAUGAAAAGGCAUAAAAGUUGUCAUCUGGCUGUGGAAGGAUUAAAAUGUUCAUGUAAUGAAUAUGUGAUCUGAAAAGCCACCAUUAUGUUGUAGCUGUUGUGAACAGCCCUCACUGCAAAACAAUACAAAACAAUAUCUAAACCAUUUUAAGCUUGAAAUGUGUAAAACCAAUCUAAUCCAAUAGAGAAAUAUUAGGAUUUAUAUUUUUAUUAUUAAACUGUUCUUAUAAUCAAGAUAUUUGCUAAAACUAAACAAAUAAGCUUGCGCUCUAGCUUGCGUGUCGCUACGGAAACCUUCCGCGCGACGCUACUUUCACGUGCCUGCUUGUUACCAAGGCAACCUACGUUUAAACACAAACUGGCCGUUAAGGUGAACGUGUAGCUAAUUUAAAUAUAAUUCCUGGCGUAUUUUUAGGAUAUCGUUCUGUCAGAGACCUACACAAAAACAGUGAUGAAUCUGACUAAGCUAAUCAGCGAGCCAAUAAAAGAGCUUAACCCCGAGGCAGACCAUGGAAAGCUGCGCAGAAUCAGAGCCGAGGAUCUGGAGUGGUCUUUAGCUGUAGUGUCUUCACUAACACACCUGUGUCUUGAACACAUCGUACAAAAUUUUGAAGAUAAUCCCAUUGUUGAGGAACUCCUGCCCAAACAUAAGACUUCUGUCCUGGAGAAGCUGCCUCCAACUCUACCUCUGACCAUAACAGCAAACCUGAUCAGUGACGAGGGCUACUGGAAGCGUUGCUGUCAGAGCCGCUGGAACAUCUGUGAUGCCUCCGAAUAUGGCAACAGCUGGAAGCGCAUGUUCUUUGAACGCCAUCUAGAGAACAUCAUCGAACAUUUCGUCCCAGACGUGACUGACAACAAAUCAGUGCUGGAGCUUGUGCCACUGUGCAGAGACUAUGUGAAGCAGUUGAGGAUGUCUCAGCUGCUGCCCCCAGUCAAGGAGCCGCCAACAUUUGAGGAGACCGACGGUGCGGAUUCGGUCAGCGAUCUUUACACUAAUGGGUCCUCAAUGGAUCACUUUGACUUCCGAAUUCUGCUGGACAAAUUGAGCAACCUGGAAGAGCUGCAGUUGGUUUAUUGUGUAAAAAACUGUGGAAUGAACUUUGAGUGGCAUCUGUUUCAGUUUACCCUCCGUGACUGUCAAUCAUUGGCUGAGGCGGUGAAAUCCUGCAAAUCCUUGAAGGUUCUCCGAAUCCAUCGGAGCAACAUGGAAGAUGAGAAGUGCCGCAUGCUGGUAAACCACCUGCUGGAUCAUUCAUCCCUGGUGGAGCUCGACCUCUCACACAAUCUCAUAGGGGAUCGAGGGGCGAGAGCCAUCGGCAAACUCCUCAACCGCAGCUGUCUGGAGACGCUGAACAUUUAUGACAACCGGAUCAGUGGACAAGGAGCACAAGCCUUAGCCCAUGCCCUCUCCAGAAACACCUCCCUAGUGUCACUCAACUUGAGACUGAACCAGCUAGGGGAUGAAGGUGGCCAGGCUAUAGCUCAGGCCCUGCUAAAAAAUCAGACUCUGGUAAAACUUCAUUUAGGGGCCAACGAGAUGACGGAGCCCACAGCCACAGCAUUCUCACAGGUCUUAGUACAGAAUACGACACUGAGGAACCUCAACCUGUCCUGCAACAAACUGGGAAUGGAUGGAGGGAAGGUCCUGGAAGAAGGAAUGUCGCACAACAGCAGCCUGCUGGAGUGUGAUAUUCGCCUUACUGAAAUUAGCCUGGAGAGCGAGUACUGCAUCCGUGAGGUACUGUGCAACAAUCAGGACAAAGCCCGGCGCAAACACACACAGGACACAGCAAACACCAAAUAAACCACUGUUUGAGAUGCAGCUCAUUUGUUAAAUAUCACACUGAGAAAAGGACAUUUUACUAGGAGCACUGUGUAUGUGCACUGAAUAUCUAAAAUAUUGUCACAAAAAAAGGCUGUAAGUACAAUUUAGAUAAGUUUUGACGUGAUCUGCAGUCCUGAAUAAUAAUGCAUGUCUGUAUUUAAUUCUAGCAUGCAGGUACUAGUAAUGAACUCAUGCACUAUAGCUCCCAGUGAAAAAACUGCAGUCAAAAACAGUGCUGAUGUGGUGAGUAAGAGUCUCAAAAAGAGAGUAAGGAACAUUUAUCACAAUGGAGUGAGGGGCUGAAGCACAGAAUGGAGACAGAUGCUGUGAAUAUCAGCCUGAAAGCCUGCAUGCCCACAUGAGCCCAGCCAAUCUGUUCGGUUCAUUUGAAAACCAUCUGAAAGUUGCUUGCAUUUAUUUUAGGCACCAUGAUCACCUGCUGACAUAAAUUUGAGUUCUAUAUUCCUCUGUCAGUUGAAGCAAAUCAAUUUCUUGUU